AUGGUAAAGCCAGCGCGUGUCGAACAGCUUUGGGGCAUAUGGACACAUGUGGUGAAGGACAGUAAGACUGAUCCACGGAACAACAUUAGAUCUGGGGAUGGUGAUAAAGUUGAGAAUGUUAGAGCAAACCACACCAAGAAGUAUUCAAGGAAAAACAAAAAGGCUGUGGAUGCUGCUCAUGAGGACAACGAGAACACAUCAACCCAAAAGAAGCAAAGGGUCCAGUGGUGUGGUCAACUACACCAGAAAUUUCUACAAGCUAUCCAACAGAUUGGCAUAGACAGGGCAGUUCCUAAGAACAUAUUAGAAGUCAUGAAUGUGGAAGGCCUUACUAGAGAGAAUGUCGCCAGUCAUCUGCAGAUUAUUGUUAAAGAUAUUUGGAUAGAACUUGUUUCUGCACAAUUUCCAUCUCAAACUCAAUAUUGUGUUUAUGUCAAUGGAAUUUGUGUGUCUGACACUUCAACAAUUCAACCAGAACAUGUGUCUGCCCCACACAAAGCUCUAGUGGCAUACACACAUGUACUGAGUUUGAAGUACCGAAUCUUCCUCAGAAAGCUCAAUGAGGGCACACUGAGGAAUUCUAAUCCAUUUGCUGAUGAAACUGAAGCAUUGCGGAGAAACAUGAGUGUCCCAUCCUUCAUUGGCUCUCCAAGCUCAAGCAACCAUUUUGCAAAGGUGAAUUCCUCAUCUGCAAUUGGAACCCAAGCUUCGCUGCCCACAGAGUCAGUUCAGGUCAUGAGCUCCCACAAAAACCUGGGCAUUCCUCAGUCACACGUGGAACCAGUUGGCCACUGUGUCAACCUACCCAAAAAUGCUGUGCCUAUGCCAGUGCAGGAUAUCAGCAGAUUCAUCUCUUCUGGCAAGUCCUACGCACCUGUAUCGAGUGGUGGGCUGUCAGGUGCAAGCCACUCCUAUGCGAGGAUAGUGCGUGGCAUGAUUUCGGGGUCAAUCAGAGGUAUUCCUUUCGAAGACAUAUCAGAUGGUGAGAUGUUGGCUCCUUCUGGUCAUUUACCAUUGCAGUCUCCUGACUUGGUGAACCAGCCUUCGGUUCAGCUUCAAUCAUGUUCUGCUGGCCAAUUUAACAAGGUUGCCAGCGAAGUUCACCAAAUUGCAGGACCUAGCAACUCCUCGAAAGUUGCUGUGCCGUCAAGGUUUUCUGAUCUUGGUCAUAAUGUUGGAACAUCUGAAGAUCCUUCGCAGGGUAACAUUUCCAAGAUCAACCAAUUGUUAAGAUUUGCAGGCUCCUCUGGACACAUUCCAACUUUCGGAAAUGAGUACCAGAGGAAAAUUGCAGGAAUCAUGGGGCACACCGUACCAAUGGUAGGUUUCAGAGAGGAGGCAUUCAGUUUUGGAAACAACACACACUCUACAGCGACGCCGAUUGGCAAUUCUGCUUUGGCUAGUUCUUCAAGCACCAGACCUGACCUUCAGAUAGACAAUUCUGUCACGACCCAGGUGCUGAAUGGCUGUGGUGCAAGUGACAACCUCCUUGUAGGUAGCAUUGUUAAUCAGCAAGCUGUUAGUGACCAAGUGAAUAACAUCAAUGACUUCCUCAUGGGAACAAGUGAGGCACAGAAUGGGGAGAGCGAUGACGUAGAUGAUUUCCUUGCUUACUUUAAUCAAGAUUUCGUCAACAAUGGUGAUUCUUUCAUCGAUGGGGACCGGGAGUUUGCCCCUUGA